GGGAGGACCGAGGGCAAGUGAUGGAGCGCAGGCUGCGUGUCAGGGGGAAGGUGCUAGGCCCUGGAGUUCAGGCUGGAGGGGGACCUCUCACAGAAACCGGACCAUAGUCUCCGUCCUGCGCUGCGGCCGCUUCUCGGAUUUCAGGGCCGGGGCCUCCGGGAAGUCCGGGGCGAGGACGGAGGGUGGGCGCUGGCAGCUGGACCAAGCGGGCGGAGCUGGGCUGAGGACACGGCCUCCCUCCCCGGUCCUCUCAGGUGACAGACCCCGCGGGCCCCCCGCCCCGCCCCGCCGCAUAUUCAGGGGGCCGGGCCCGCAGCGUUCGAGAGCAGCCAGCGCCGCGCGGGGAGCCUCUGCCGUCGGUGCGUGCGUGGACCCGGGACCCCGUCCUCCUCCAACCCGCCGCUGCCAUGGCUGCCAGGGCCGCCCCCCGCAGCUUCUUCAUCCUCCUCCAGGUGCUGGGGCUCGCCCUAGCGCAGAUCAGAGGUCCGCCAGGAGAGCCGGGGCCCCCGGGGCCCCCGGGGCCGCCGGGAGUGCCUGGAUCCGACGGCAUCGACGGUGACAAGGGGCCCCCUGGGAAACCUGGCCCUCCGGGACCUAAGGGAGAACCUGGCAAAGUGGGGCCUGACGGGCCGGACGGGAAGCCCGGGAUUGAUGGUAUAACUGGAGCCAAGGGGGAGCCUGGCCCUAUUGGGACCGCUGGAGUCAAGGGCCAGCCCGGGCUCCCAGGUCCCCCUGGCCUGCCGGGCCCUGGCUUCGCUGGACCUCCUGGACCAGCUGGACCUGUUGGGCUCCCUGGUGAGAUUGGAAUCACAGGCCCCAAGGGGGAUCCUGGACCAGAGGGACCAUCAGGGCCCCCGGGCCCCCCUGGGAAACCAGGCCGCCCAGGAACCAUCCAGGGCCUGGAAGGCAGUGCGGAUUUCCUGUGCCCAACUAACUGUCCAGCAGGUGGGAAAGGCCCUCAAGGGCUGCGGGGAGUGAAGGGGCAUCCUGGCAAACGUGGGGUUCUGGGAGAUCCCGGCCGCAUGGGGGAGACGGGUCCCAAAGGAGAUGUGGGUGCCUCUGGAGAGCAAGGCAUCCCUGGACCGCCGGGUCCCCAGGGCGUCAGGGGCUACCCAGGCAUGGCGGGACCCAAAGGAGAGACGGGUCCUCGUGGAUACAAAGGCAUGGUGGGCCCCGUUGGCGCCGCUGGGUCACCAGGUGAGGAAGGUCCGCGGGGACCACCAGGCCGAGCUGGGGAGAAGGGCGACGUGGGCAGCCAAGGUGUUCGAGGACCCCAGGGAAUAACAGGCCCAAAAGGAACAACUGGUUCCCCGGGCGUCGAUGGCAAGGACGGGCUCCUCGGCAUACCUGGCAUGAAGGGCAGUACAGGACUGGCAGGGCGGCCAGGAAACCCAGGCCACCAGGGCCUACCAGGUGUGCCAGGCCAGGCUGGGACAAAAGGCGGCCCUGGAGACAAGGGUGAGCCAGGCCAACAGGGCCAACCCGGAUUCUCUGGUCCCCCCGGAAAGGAGGGAGAGCCAGGGCCUCCAGGAGAAAUCGGUCCCCGGGGCCUCAUAGGGCAGAAGGGUGACCAGGGUGAGAGGGGGCCAGUGGGGCCGCCAGGCCCUCAAGGACGGUCGGGCUCCAAGGGGGUGCAGGGGUCCCCAGGAGUUCCAGGGCCACAAGGCUUGCCAGGCAUCAAAGGAGACAAGGGCGUCCCGGGAAAGACCGGGCCCCGUGGCGGAGUGGGAGACCCGGGGGUGGCCGGCCUCCCCGGAGAGAAAGGCGAGAAGGGCGAGUCUGGAGAGCCGGGGCCCAAGGGACAGCAAGGAGUCGGUGGAGAACCGGGCUACCGGGGCCCCAGCGGAGAUGCGGGCGCCCCCGGGGUGCAGGGCUUCCCAGGGCUCCCAGGCCCUCGAGGACUGGCUGGAGACCGCGGCGUGCCGGGACAGCCCGGGAGACAGGGCGUGGCGGGCCGCGACGCCAGUGACCAGCACAUCGUGGACGUGGUGCUGAAGAUGCUGCAAGAGCAACUGGCAGAGGUGGCUGUGAGUGCCAAGAGGGAAGCUCUGGGUGCAGCCGGCAUGAUGGGUCUCCCAGGACCCCCUGGGCCUCCUGGGUACCCAGGCAAACAGGGACCCCAUGGGCACCCUGGCCCUCGGGGCAUUCCUGGCAUCGUGGGAGCCGUAGGUCAGAUUGGCAACACGGGGCCCAAAGGAAAACGUGGAGAGAAGGGUGACCGGGGAGACAUGGGACGUGGACAUCCUGGAAUGCCUGGGCCCCCAGGGAUCCCAGGACUCCCUGGCCGGGAUGGCCAGGCAAUCAAUGGCAAAGAUGGAGAUCGAGGGUCCCCAGGGGCCCCAGGAGAGGCAGGCCGACCUGGUAUGCCAGGCCCCGUGGGGCUGCCGGGCUUCUGUGAGCCUGCGGCUUGUCUUGGAGCCUCAGGCUAUGCCUCUGCACGCCUCACAGAGGCUGGAUCCAUCAAGGGGCCAUGAACAUCAGGCCAGGACAGAGCCCGACGAGCAUCCUGGGGGGAAAGGACUAGGUCCCCUUUGGAUGGACAUGUGCCCCGUCCCUCAGCCCAGGAAACUAGCUUUCCCAGGAUCUUCUGUCUGGGACCCUGGAGUCCUGAGGAAAAGGAAAUUCUAAAACAUGGGGGAAGGGAAGGGAGGGCAUCAGAAUGAAAAAGUGAGGCCAACAGACAGGGCAAGUGUCCCUGGAGAGUCCCAGCUCCAAAGAGGAUGAGUGGCUUUCCUUCUGGAGCACCGCUCAGAUGUUACCAAAACAAAUGUCUCCUUCAUUUGCGCCAUCCUCCACUGGCCAUCUUGUCCUUGGGGCAGGUGGACUGAGGUCUCUGCUGGUUCCUGAUUCCAUGUCACCCCCGGGGCUUACUGGGUGACUGCUGGUGGGUGACUACCUGAGGUAGCCAUCGUUAAGCCAGCCCCACUACUUCCUCCCUGCCUCCCUCCCAUCUGAGUAUUUAAACACCCAUCGCCCUUCUUUUUCUGGCAUCACCUUCUCCCACCACUCCCCUAGGUCCACGCAGGCCUUUCUGUAAAUAAAAGCCCCCAACUUGGGUACAAACCAGGAUGUGAGUUGU